AUGCGUGGCCGUCAGCGAAGCCCGCACCUGGGCCUGCUGCUGCUUUUCUUCAAGCUCUACCAGGUAGGCUUGGAGAACAUCCCCCCCGUCACUUUGGCCAUGCUGGGCCUCAACACCUACUUCUUCCUCCUCCCUGCAGCUGAACUCAACAAGGUGUGUUUGAGUGUCCAUCAGGUGUACAACAUGGGCGAGUGGCUCCGCCUCUUCCUGUCUCCUUUCCAUCAUGCUGACAGCAUGCACCUCUACUUCAACAUGGCCUCCUUCCUCAUUAAAAGUAUCCGGCUGGAAAGCCUUCUGGGCUCGACUUGGUUCGCGUCCAUACUUGCCAUCUUCUCGCUGCUCACCGGUGUGGUCUACCUGGCGUUGGAGUUGGGUCUUACCUACCUGACCCAGGAAGAGACACCCAGCAUGGCAUGCGCUGUUGGCUUCUCAGGGGUUAUUUUCGCACUGAAGGUCCUGAAUAAUCACUACCACCCUGGCAGCGUGACUUACUUGUUGGGCUUCCCGAUAUCCAACCGCUACGCCAGCUGGGUGGAGCUGAUCCUCAUCCACAUCACGACACCUGGGACCUCCUUUGUUGGUCAUCUGGCGGGCAUCCUAGUGGGACUGCUCUACACCACCGGACCGCUGAAAAAGGUGAUGGAGAUGUGCGCAGGGAUGAUGUCAUCCAACACCUUGAUGCCUAGAACAUCCUUCAAAUCCUCUGGCUGCAGCGGCAGACACUCCGUAGGCAGUCGGUCCACGAUGGACAAGAGAUCAUCGUCGCGGUACACCAGUGGGAUGACGGAGGAAGACCAGCUGGCGGCGGCCAUCAGGGACAGUCUCCGUGACACAGGGCGACAUCGCGGGGACUCACCUUUGACGGGUCAUCCUCCGUAUGGCAUCCGCUUGACAGAUAAGGAGCUCCGUGCCAGGAGGCUGAUGCGAUUGGACGGCUUGUUGUGA